AUGAAUGUGAUGUAUCUAUUGUUUUUGUGUAUUUAUACAAUCCUGGCGGUCGUAAAACAUCAGUGUGCGGUGAAAAGAAAGCACAAAGCGCUGAGCACUGUUUGUAAUUAUAAGGUUCGUCGCGUCGUAAAAAUAUGGGUUCGCGAAUAUCGACCGGCGCGCGUUUUACUGACGUCCGGCACGUCACGACGCGACUUCGUUUUCAGCGCGACUGUGAAUGCGAAAUGCGAGGAGGCGACGGCACGCGGUGCGCGAUAUCUAAUUGCGGAGUGCGGGGUGCCGCGGGACGGAGCGGUUGCCAUGGUGCGAGAUCAGGCCACGUGCGUGUGGCCAAUGGCAGAACGUAGUCGGCCCGCGAGCACGCUGCGCCGCCGUGCCGCGGCGCGCCGCUACCCUCGCGCACUCAACCGCUCACCGCCAGCCCCGCAGAACCCCAUGACUGACACAGUACGCUCCAAGUGA